AUGGAAAAGGGUGAAUGGAUAUCAUCCAAAGAUCAUGUGCAAAUGACACUGGACGAUGUUGAGGAAACACUAGGAAAGAAGGAGAGGAAAAAGAUCGAAGUGAUGCAAAGUAUGGAAAAGACCUAUACUGCCAGACAGAUGGAUUCGUUCAAAAAGCGUGGCUUUGCAUUCAUGACAAACCAUCAGAGAAAACUGGUAUACGGAUCGACGUCACCGUAUUAUGAUGAAUCAACUAGUCGUCGGAUCAAGAGGCUAAGUGCGACAAAUAUUGAGAAGCAUUUCAUCUACCUUAUACGCCUACACGCGACUGGAAUGUCCGAUUACAAUCGACGCAUGAAAGUUGAUCUAAUCAACUCGCCAACUGUGGCUGCAAGUUUCAUUGAACAACCCUUCAUCAACGUCAACUCGGUAUUCUCACCAGUAAUCCUGUCAAGCUUCAUAUCUUCUCCUACAUUGAUUGGACCAUUGAUUCUCUCUCCAUGGCUAUUUUCAGCUCUUGUCGCAUCUCCAUGGGCAUUGUGUCCAAUUAUCCUCUCGCCAUUUUCGUUUGUUCCCCUCAUUUUAUCCCCUGUUGCAAUGUCUCCUUUUAUACUUAGCCCAGGAAUAUUCAGCCCCGCGAUUUUGAGCCCGUUGUUGAUGGUGCCUUACAUUCUCUCUCCCGGUCUUUUCAAUCCUUUAAUCAUUUCUCCAUUGGUUAUGUCUCCAUUAGUGUUAAGUCCUAGUUUAGGCUCUCCAGUCAUAUUAUCACCAGCUGUGCUGGCUCCACUGGUCUUCUCACCACUUCAUCAUUCUGCCCUCGUACUAAGUCCUUCUGUGCUCUCACCCCCAAUUGGUUCAGAUGGAGAGGGUGGUGUUCUUAUACUUUCCCCAGACUUGGGAUAG